AUGGCACUCCGACAACACCCAUUGCAAUGGAUAGUUGUGCAAGCUCAGGACGUUGAAUUUCCUGACAUGCCGAAGCUGUGGCCGAAUUCCGCAGUCACCGAGCUGGUCAAUGCCUUUCGGUCAACUUUUCCAAAGCAGACCAGGCCUUCCUCCCGGGCAGCCUUCCUCUUCAGUUGGAAUGGCCCCAUCUUCCGCUCUGAGUUUGAAGCGACGCUGGACAAGACUGAGGAUCUUCUAGCCAACCAUGGUGGGCCAUUCUUCCACGGCGAGCAGAUCUCUGCGGCCGACUGUGCUUGGGCUCCAUUUUUGGAGCGCUAUGCAGCUCAGCUGCCGUGCCUUCACCGUGGCCUUUGGCCUUACGACCCAUCCCAUUGGCCCCGUUUGGGUGCUUGGUAUGAAGCAAUGGACGCCAAGUUCCCGGCUUACUCUGCCCGCAUUCGCGGGGAUGAAGUGUCCUGGCGGAAGGUGCUUGCUCAGGCUGGCUAUGGCAAUGCUGGAGUGCCACCUGAUUUGGUCGAGGAAGAUGCUGAACAUCCCCAGCCUUCGGUUGGUGCUUGGGCCACAUAUGCUGCUAACCGGCCACAUGUGGCACCUACACCGCAUGAGGAAGUGGCGAAUCGCAUUGUGCGGAAUCGAGAAGCUUUGGCCAAAGAUGCUGUCGCUUCGGGUGUGAACAGUGAGGACGUCGACGAAGGCUUGCGAGCGGUGGCUACAGCGCUCCUUGAGGAGCCAAAAUGCUUGAGCAGGAGGGCUUUGUCCCUGGCGACCUACCUUGACGACCGCCUUUGCGUACCACGAGACCUUGGCUAUUUACCUGGUAAAGCACUUCGCCAGCUUGUAAGAGCUUGCCAGGAAGCCUAG